UCCCAGGCGAGCGGUCCUGAUCGUCUGAGCGUUGCGAGGGCCUCGUCGGGCUGUGCGGGGCUGCGUACAGGCGGUGCAGGGACUGCCUGGCUGGUGGUGUGCUGCAGCGUCCUGGGAGCGCGGCCAGUGCGGCCAGUCAGUGACAGGGAAGCCGAGCCGCCAGCACUCCGGCCGUCCCGCCCGCCGGCCAGCCGACUGGAUGCACGCGCUGCACGCGGCCGCGCGAGUCACAGUGUGGUGACUAUGUGACGAGGGAGGCGGACCCGUGACCGGCGAGGCGCACGGCACGGCACGGCACGGCACGGUGCGGCGAGGCACGGCACGGUGUGUCCGAAGCAGCAACCUGGCGCGGCUCGCCGCCGCCAGGCUCCGCGGCCAGCACCACCUUGAAGGCCUCACGGACGCAUCACAGACGCGGCACGGCCAGCACGGCCAGCACGGCGCCCUCUGCGAGCUGGGUGCCGUCGUCCUUGCCCUGGCGGGGGAAGGCCCCAGCAGCAGAAGACAAGGGGACGUCCCGCCUGCAGCUCAGGCUUCAAGACAGUCGCCGUGAUGGGCCCCAUGGCCCUCUGACAUGGAGCUGCAGUCGGGGCCGGGUCCGGGGCCGGGGUCCUGGGGCGGGGCGGCCUUGGAGGCGCGGAGGAGCGCGGGGACAGAGGGCAGCAGGAGGCGGAGGCGUGGUGGGGGCGGGGCGAGGUGGGGCCGGGGUGGGUCCCUACUGACCCCCAUGCGGUGAUGCGCCCCUUUGGCCCCUCGGGACCCCCUGCGCCUCUCUCCGUCACCCUGGAGGCUCUAACGCAAGCGGUCUUCAUCUUCGGUGUGGGCGUGACCAUCAUCAUCUCCAACGUGCUCAUUAUCGCUACGUUCCUCAACGCCCGAGGGUCCCGAGACGUGAUCAACAUCUACCUGCUGUCGCUGGCCGUGGCGGACCUGCUGGUGGGCGUGCUCAUCGUGCCCCUGUCCGUGUACCCGUCCGUGGUGCAGUCAUGGGUGUACGGCGACGCGGUUUGCCGCGCGGUCGGCUACCUGGAGGUGACGCUGUGGAACAUCUCGGUGUUCACCUUCAUGUGGAUGGCGGUGGACCGGUACCUGGCCAUCCGCAAGCCGCUGCGCUAUGAGACGAUCCAGACUCGGACGCGAUGCCAGUGCUGGAUGGUGUUCACAUGGAUCUCCAUGUCCAUGCUGUGCUGCCCGCCGCUGCUGGGCUUCAACCCACCCAUCUUCGACCCGGACGCCUACGUCUGCAUGCUCAACUGGGGCGACAUGUGGGCGUACUCGGCGACCCUGGCCAUCCUGGUGCUGGGCCCCAGCCUCAUGACCAUCAUCUACACGUACAGCUACAUCUUCGCCAUGUACAAGCGGCUGCGCAGCGGCGUGCCCAUCCACGACAAGGAGUACGCGACGGCGCUGGCGGAAGCGCUCGCCAACCCGACGCACAUCAUGUCCUUCGUGCUCAUCAUCGUGUUCUGGCUGUCGUGGACGCCCUACAUCGGCGUGCGCCUCUGGGAGCACUUCACGGCCACGCGGCUGCAGGUGCCCUUCCUGCACUUUGGGCUGGUGUGGCUGGGCGUGCUCAACUCCUUCUGGAAGGGCAUCAUCCUGCUGUCGCUCAGCCCGGACUUCCGGCUGCUGGUGCGCUUCUUCUGCCUGACGGUGUGCUGUCGCGGCAACAAGGCGCGCCUGCAGGCCGAGCUCAUGGGCAUGGACAUGGACGACUAGGAGCAGCCCUCUGGGGUCCCCGACGACCCUGACGGCCCUGCCGAGGCCCGCUUCGGCCUCCGAUGCGACGGCCCUCACGAUGCCCGCUUCGCCUCGGCCGUGACGGCCUCCAAGAAGGCCUCCAAGAAGGCCUCCAAGAAGGCCUCCAAGAAGGCCGCGGCCACGGCGGGCGCCGACGACGGCCAGGCCUUUGGCCAAGCCCAGGGGGAAGGGGCCCCAGAGGCCCGGCUGACUUCACACCUCACACUGCCUGCCCCACGACGGUCCUGGGCGUGGGCCGGCUCCUGGGCGCCGUGGGGGCCGUCGUGGGGGGCCCGGUCGCGCUACGGCCGCCGGGCGCGCGGGGAGGAGGACGCCAAGGCCCUCAUCCUGCACGAGUUGUGACGACUGCCACCGGAACCGGAAACGGAACGGCCAAAGCGUGCUGCCAGUCACGAGCAUAGCGCACAGCGCGGCGCGGCCCGGGCGGACUGUGGGUGCGUGUGUGUGCAUGAGAGUGUGGAAGCAAUCGAAUAGCGACUAGCUUGCUUAUCAGAGAGAAAGAUUCACGGAUGGAAAUAGCCUGCGCGAGGAAAAGGUGGCAUUGAAAGUGGAAAAAAGUCAAGCUUGAUGUAGCAGUGUGUGCGUGCGGGCGCGCAGGAGUGUGUGAUAGUGUGUGAGUGGGGAGACCCGCUGCUGGUGUAGGGACGCAGCCCCUGGCCCGCCGCGCCACCGCAGAGCCCCGGUGCGAAAGUGGCCCGUGAUCUCGGUUUUACAAUCUAGUUUCCAUUUUCUCUGCUGCCGCAGCGUAGUCUCCGUGUCGUUGUAGCGGCCGAGCGUCGCGUCGACGCCCGGCUAAUCUAGAAACAGAAUCAUCCAUUUUCGGCAAGGUUUUUCGCUCUAAGUCACUCUGGAUCACUCGGGUCAGUUUCGCGCCGGGACGACCGCGUCGUAGAGGCUAUGUUCGUCAUUCGCAGCACCCAUGUUUUUUAAUAAUGUACUCGUCCUUAAUGCACUCUAUUGGUAAAGAGUUUUGUUGUUAGUCUAAGAACGAUUUGGUAGGUUCGAGCUUCAAAACACUGGCCUCCGCAGCCCCAGUCGGCAGGCUUCGUUGUUUUCAAAUUGUCGAUUCUAAAUUCGUGUUGUUCAAUGUUUUUAGCUGUAAGUUCUUGUCCCCACGAAGACUCCAAAGGAAAGCAAUGCGUAGAAAUGGACCCUGGCUGUGCGACUGCAUUCAAACACACGGUGUGAAUGUCAAGACGAAUCUGCACUACUUGUGCGAGAACCUACGCCCCCUGUGGGGGCAGACUUGCUUCUUGAGCGACAACACUGUGCAUCUUGCAACUGCGAUCUGAGCGGAGGUUCGCAAAUGGUUUUUACCUUCUAAAUUCAAACCAACUUAUCUCGCAUUCACACAUAUUAUGUGUGUGUAAAAUUCCAUUGUAUUAUGUGAGCAUCUUGUGUGGAAGCAAUUUGUGUAGGUUCGUUUUGCGUGUGCUUGUGUUCGAGAGAGAGAGAGAGAGAGAGAGAGAGAGAAUGAAUGAAUGAAGGAGAGUGAGACGGACAGACAGAGUGGGGAGAGAUGAGUCUUGUGUUCUGUGCUAAUUAUUAUUCCAUCCUACUUCAUUCUGAAUGCGCGUCUGUGAGAGAGGGUGUGUGUGUGUGUGUGUGUGUGUGUGUGUGUGUGUGUGUGUGUGUGUGUGUGUGUGUGUGAGGGUGUGUUCGUUUGUGUCUUGGAGUCCUUUAGAAAUGUCCCGUAAAAAGUUUCGAAUUUUGCUCAGGUUAAUUAAUGCGUUCCCCGUUUGCGCAAAGUACAGUGUAACUAUAAUCUCUCUCUAUCCUCGCGCCCUUCAGACUCCUCGCGUUGGUUCCGCGGGGCCGGCCGACUAACAAAGUUACCCACCUCAAACGAAAAGAUACGCAAGACUUCAUGUCGAGCAAACUCACUAUUAUUUUAAUAAAAUGUCGCAGUUGAUUCCUUGCUUACUUCGGUUUGCGCAAUGCAAUUUGUACCCGAGGCGUUUCUAUGUGAUUAGGAUAAGAUUAUUCAUUGUUGCAUAUAGAUUUCGUGUGAUCAUGGGUUCGCUUGAAAAAAACGAGUAGGAAGCUGUGAAGUACCUGUACAGAAGAUCUGAAUACGAUUAAGUCAUCUCUCAUUUCUUAACUUUUUUAUACAUUUUCAAAUCGUCUAAACUUGCAUGUGCACUCAGGUGCUUCACGGAUUUUCCAUGUUUUUAUUACUAGUUUUGAAAAUUUUAACAUGUUUCGUCUUAUGUAAUAUUUGCUAUACAGACAAUCAUGAUGGUAGCGACGACUAUUCAGAAUUUAAAACUUGUUCCCUGGCACUGUCCCUCUGUGACCGAAUCCAGACCUGAGCCAUUCGAAACAUAGUGGGAUCGUCUGACUGAAUUUCGCUGUGGCAUCUUCGCGGAAGUUCCAUCAGUUCCCCGUUUACUGACACCUCUGCGCAACUGUUGUUUGGAAAAACAAAAAGCUGUUGACACACCGUGGAAGUUCCCCCACACUGCGCAAUGAGAGAUUAUCUGUGACAUGGCAAAAACUUUAAUCGCUUUAUUUCUAGAUUUCGGUUUGCUGGAGUUUGUUGAACCGUCCACGAUCCGAAGGAGGGAGUUGUGCAGCCGUGGAUGCGAUAUGGCGUGUAGAGGUUGCCGCUCGUCCCGUAGACAGUGUAGUGACGCCCGUGGCACAACCAUUUUCGUCUGCUUCUUUCCGCCUUCGUUCCACGACGUGCGCUUUUUUGAACCGUGUUUGCCGCACUGUUAGAGAAAAAGAAGUUUGUAUUUCCGACAAUCAUUCCAGUGCCAUUUGGGUGAGUGUGGUGAGAAAGCACCGGAUCGCCUCUUUCGGCGAGCCACACGUGCAGUCAGCUAGGAAAGAAAAAUAGUCCAAAAAAGUCACUUCUGAGCCAGUAUUUGAGCGCGCGAAGAUCAAGUUUUCGCCGUUUUCACGGCGAAGACUUUGUCAACAGUGGAGGGUGACUUGUUUCUUUCCCAUGCACAUUCGUCCUGAGUGACCCGAAAGCAGUGUCGGUAGACAAGCUUUUUCCACUAACAGAGAGAAAUGAGAGCUUCAGAGGCUAAGUACAUUCCUUGCUGUUUUGUUCACAGCUCUCUUUUUAAAAAAAUAAGGUGAUGAUGCUAUUAAUUGAUUGUUGUUUCCGAUUUGGUUGAAAUUUCCGGAUACUUAUUUCAGGAUUUUGUAGUCCACCCAUGACGUUUUUGAAAUCGUACUGGAAGAAUUAUUUCAUUUAAUGUCAUAAGUACUUGAAAGUUUAUUUUUAUAUGUUUGUUAAGACUUGUUAGUUACGUAGAUAACAAUUGAAGGAGCGAAGUGCAAUGUCUCUGAGCACGGAUCGUAUCAUUUAUUCUGGACGUGAUGGGAAACAGUCAGGGCCGUCGUCGACACACUGAGCCACUCCGACUAUACCUCAUGUUCUUUCCUUUUCUAACAUUCCUUUCUCUCGUUGCUUUUUUCUUCUUAAGUGUUUUAGAUAUUUUUUUCUGAAAUUCUCAUCUCGCUCUUGUUACUGUAGAAAAAUAAGUCUGCUGUUGGACUGUCUAUCAGUCAACGUUGUCCUUCGAACCUCGGCGUGAUUUAUAUGUGCUUACGUAAGCACAGUCAAAUUUUCCUAAUGUUUCUGUUUUUAUUUUUUUUUAAACGUGUCGAGGCAAUCGAACCUUUCAUGGCGAGUACAAAAACAUAAAACAAUACAGACAAGGCAUUCUCGGGAGACGUGUGUUUAGAAUCGACUAUUGGGUCGAGCAGAAAAUGUGAUGUUUUGCUUUUGUGCUCGCCGUGCCGCACGCUGUCUUGGUGCUACCCUUUGUACUUAAUCUCUAGAGCAUCUUAUUACUUAUAUCGUCUGUUUCACUUAACGGGGAAUCUUUCGGCUUCGCUUCUAGACCCCUUGUCUCUUCCGCGUCUGUAGUCCUGGAAACUGUUUAAAAUGUUGAUGCCUUCGAACUUAUGUGUUCAAAAACCACGAAACCGUUGAGUCCAUUUGUUCCAGAAUGCUUUGCAAAUCUCUUUGCGGCGUUCCCGCUCCUCUGUUGUUGUUUCGGGUGAUACUGUUUUAUGAAAUGCAGAUUAUUCAAUAAAAAGAAAGAUGUGUCUCAUAAGAAACGUUGGGUGUUUGAAUAGUGAAAAUUGCGUACCUAAAGCAAAACGGAUUGUUUGUUUAGAUAAUUGAAUUGCUACACUAAUCAGUGUAUAAAUGCUCAUGUCACGCUAAUAAUUUUAUACGUAAAUUACCGUGUAGUUUGAUAGUUUUGUAAUAGAUUUUUUUGUAAUGUGUGUGGAAACUAUUUCUGAGAUUACAAUACUAUUAAAACGUUACUGGCGUGUCUUGCAUUAUGUUUCACGGUGUAAAGUAGGGGCAUAGUCAUUUGAAAAGAAUAAAUCGUUAUGUAGGUCAUUCAC